AUGGUUUCUUUCACUGAGAAGCAAGAGACUUUAGUGAACAGCUCAUGGGAAGCGUUAAAGCAAAACAUUCCUCACUACAGCUUUGUGUUCUUCACCUUAAUAGUGGAGAAAGCUCCAGCAGCAAAGAACAUGUUCUCAUUUUUAAGUAAUGGAGUGGACCAGAAUAAUCCUAAGCACCAGGCUCAUGCUGAAAAGUUCUUUGAAAUGACGCAUGACUCGGCCGUUCAACUUCGAGCAAAGGGAGAAGUAGUGGUGGCUAAUGCCACAUUAAAGCAUUUGGCUUCAAUCCAUGUCCAAAAAGGAGUCACCGAUCCUCAUUUCCUGGUGGUUAAAGAAGCACUUCUUAAAACAUUAAAGGAAGCAGUCGGAGAUAAAUGGAGUGACGAAUUGAGCAAUGCUUGGGAAGUUGCAUAUGAUGAACUUGCAGUUGCUAUUAAGAAGGCAAUGGCAUCGACUUAG